UUGACUUUUCAGAACCAGUCGUUAAGAAUUAGGAACUGGACCAAAACUUUUGUCUCUCCAUCAAUGCAACUCUCAGAUCUUAAUUUUCCAUAAGUAAAAGAAAUAAAUAAACAAGUACAAGUCUGUUGAACCAUCAUCACCUUGACCAUUAUACAAUUUGAUUUUUUUUUUAUUCUAGUUCAUGUGCCUGAUCUGAUUCAUAUAGUAAUAAUAUCUCCUUGCUUGCUUGAAAGAUCAUCAUCAACAGAAAGGCUUUGUACCCUGAAGAGAAAAAAAAAAUCAUUCAUCAAAGAUAAGUCACCAUGAUGAAGAAGAAGAAACACAGCAGAUCCCAAUCUUCUUCCAAGAAAACUAUUGAACCAUCCCCAGAUUCUUCACCUUCACCUUCACCUAGGCUCCUCUCCAUUUUUCGUUCUAAGUUGGUAAGUGGUAAAGACUUGAAGCAUAUGUUCAGAGGCAUGAAGACCAAAACUGCACCUGGACUGUCUUCUCAGUCUAGAAUCGUGAGAUGUCCCAAGUGCCACAAGCUUCUCCAAGAACCUAUAGAUGCCACUAUUUACAAAUGCAGUGGAUGCAACUCCAUUCUCCAAGCAAAACGUUGGGACCUGGAAAGCAAUGGCGACUCUAUUCCAGAGGCCCUCCUUUAUUCUCAAAACCGUAGUUUAAGUACACAGUUAGAAUCUGCAGAAGCUGGUAGUAAAACUCCAAUGAGGAGCACUCACCGGGAGUACAAGCAUGAGACAUCUGAUGUCCAUAGAGAAUGGAUGAGAAGGGCUGAUGAGUUCAGCGUGACCGGUGACUCUGAUGCUUUUGCUUCAGCAAGAAGCUCUCCUUAUAACUCACGCAGCAAUGCCUCGGAGUGGACACAGCAUGAGAGGAGAUAUCAGGUUCCUUUCUAUCCAGCUAGUCCUUCUCCUUCUUCUGCGUAUGAGUAUGGCUACAAUAGUCCCUUUCACGGGUCUCAAGCUUCUGCAUCCGAGAAGUCUUAUUAUCAUCAUCAUCAACCAAACCAAUUCAAGCAAAAGGAGAGAGAAGGCUGGUUUCAAGAAUCUUCUGCUAGUGCUUCACCAAUUCGUUUCCCUGGUGAGACAUCUAAUAAAAACUACUAUCCCUCGUCUUCUCAGUAUCAUAAUCUCUACGAACCCAGGAGCUCUGUGUACUCUGAGCGUAGUUAUCAAGCGCCACUUCGUUCCACAUACUCUGAGCAUUCCAAGAGUGUGACAAGUCGUGAGAAGAGAUCUCAAAGGGACAAAAAGAAGGAUGUUAGAAAGAAGAAGCCGGUGGUGAAACGCUAUGUGCUUCCUUCAGCGGGUGGAGCGCCGUUUGCAACUUGUUCCUACUGCUUAGAACUUCUCCAGCUUCCUCAGGUGUCUCUCCAUGGAAAACAUAAGGGAUAUCAAGUGAGAUGUGGCAGUUGUUCCGGUGUACUUAACUUGUCUGUUCGAGAGAAAGCAGUUAGUAAUCAUCAGGAUUCAGCUUCAGAAGGUCAUGAUGAAAGUCAUAUGUCCUGCUCAGACAAUGAUGAUGUGAUCUUGAGACGGAAUGUGGAAAGUUUUGAGGAUAAUGAGAGUAAAGAAGACACAAGGAGCAUGUCAAGCACAUUAUUAGAUUCGAAACUUGAGGCGUUGCAGCCUUCACUGAACCAGAAGUUGAGGGAACAACAAUCUGCAUCAAGUGAGAGUAUCGGAGACACUUCAAGAAAGCAUCUAGAGCAAUCUGAGGAGGGUUGUUCAGAGAAGUCAACCGAGUUGUAUGACAACAUUUCUGAAAGAGUCAGUUGUGAUGUAGAGGAGGUUGGAUUAUAUGAGAAGAAUGAAACUCUUAAAGUGAUGUUUGGAGAUGGAUCAGGUGAGUCCUUAGAGGUUCCAGUAUACAAGAAGGAAAGAAUGAGUGAUUCAAGUAUAGACGCUGAGAGAGUUGCAGAUAAACCGGUAUCUCAUAGUGAGGAAACACGUGUACUGUCUGAGAAUACUGGAGACAAUCAAGAGUUUGGUUGGGUGGAGACUCAAGAACAUGAAGAAUAUGGAGGUGAAGGUAAAUGGGGAGACAAACCGGGGUUGGUUUUGGAGAAAUCUCAGUGCAUUGGAGAUUCAACCUGUGACAGCAGCUCAAGAAAUGGUGAAAUAUAUGAGGAUACAACGGUCAAGGAAGAUACAAAGCACACAUCAGCUGCACCACAGUUUCCCAUAAUAUCUUUGGUGAACGAGAACCAGAUGUUUAUAGAAUAUACUGAUCAAUCAGGUGAGGCUACAGUAACAACAUCCAGGAUCCAUGAGGAGCAGUCCAAGUAUGAGUAUGACAACUUAAGCAAAAGACAAGAGUUGGAUCAGAGCAUUAGUGAGAGAGUCAGGUAUGAGGUAGAGGAGUCUAGAUACGAGACAAAUGAAGCUCUUGAGUCUGACAAGGUGAGCGAAGAUGGAUCUGUUGUUUCUCUCACGAAGGCGAGUGAAACAUUCAAAACAAGCAUAGAAGGCGAGAGCGUAGAAGAUUCCUAUGAAAGACUCGAGUAUGCAGGCGAAAGAACAUGGGAAGAGACUCUGCAAGAUAGAGCGGGUUUGCAUUUGGAGGAGUAUGAAAGCAACUAUGAGAAUUACAGCAAACCAUUUGAAUGGACUUCAGAAGGAGCUCCAACAUUUCAUGUGCGUGAGUAUGAGUCAAAGCUAGGGAUGAUAAAUGAACCAGAAGAGGAGGCUGAUGGAAGAUUGGAAUCCAGUUCAAGGGGUUCCUUCAGUGACCAUGAAAGUUCAGAAGAGAGUGCUGUAUUUCAGGAACCUCAAGAUGCUAAAUAUGAGUAUGAGAUACCAAGCGAAAGACAAGAGUUGAGCAACACCGUUUUUGACACAGAAAGGCAUGAGGAUAGAUACGAGAUAAAUGAAACGUUUGAGCCAGCCGAGAUUGUCGGAGAUGGAUCUGUUGCUUCUCUUGAGAAGGCGAGUGAAACAAACAUAGGCGAGAGAGGUGAAGAGAGGUCGGUAUCUCAUCAUCAAAUGGAUACUGAAAACGAAGAUCUAGAGGCAAUGCAAGAUGGAGCUGAGUUCCAUUUGGAGGAGUAUCAUAACAAUCCACAUGAAUGGACUUCAGAAAGAGCUCCAACAUUUCGUCUGGAUGAGUAUGAGCUAGGAACAAUGUCUGCAUCGGAAGAGGAUGCGAAUGGAAGAUCAUCCAGUUCAACAGAUUCCACCAGUGACCAUGAAAGUUCAAAUGAGAAAGCUGUGGCUCAUGAGAAGCCUUCUCUGAUGGAUGAGAACAAAUUGGAAGAGCUAAGAGUUUCUCUAAUGGUGGAAGAUGGGCCAUCAUUGCACUUGGAGAAGUACGGAAAUGAUUCAACGAAACUGGAAGAUACAGUUGAAUGGACAGAAAGAGCUCCGACAUUUCGUCUGCAUGACUCUGAGCUAGGGACAAUGCUUGAACCAGAAGAGCAUGCUGAUGGAGGAUCGGAAUCCAGUUCAACUGGUUCCUUUAAUAACCAUGUAAGUUCAAAGUUGAGAGCUGACUUCCACGAGGAGGAGGAGGAGCUACAACUACACGCAAUGACAGAAGAUAGGGUGGCAUUGGACUUGGAGAAGGGUGAAAACGGAUCAAUAAAAUUGGAAGAGACAUUUGAAUGGACUUCAGAAAGAGCUCCAACGUUUCGUCUGCAUGACUCUGAGCUACUGACAAGGCUUGAACCAGACGAGGAUGCUGAUGGAAGAUCAGAAUCUAGUUCAAGGGGUACCUUCAACGACCAUGUAAUUUCAAAAGAAAGAGAGAUGUAUCAUGAGGAGGAGCCCAGGCUGGUGAUUCAUAGCAGAACCAAAGUGGAACAAGUAGACCAAGUGGAAAAAGAUACAGUACUGAAUGAGACAUUUGAGUGGACUUCAGAGAUAGCUUUAACGUUUAGUCACCGUCAAUAUGAGCUAGGGACAAUGCUUGAACCGGACGAAGAUGCAUCAGAAUCUAGCUUAAGGGGUUCCUUCAAUGACCAUGGAGUUUCAAAAGAAAGAGCUGUCAGUCACAAGGAUGAGCCUUGGCUGGUGGAUGAUUAUGAAACCAAAGCGCUUAAAGCAAGCGUAAUGGCAGAUAACGAACCACCACUGCACUUGGAGAAGUGUGAAAAUGAAAAAGUGGUACUGAACCAGACACUUGAACCAAGGGAUGAUUUAUUCAAGCUCAGUCAUGAUGACACACUUGAGCAAGAGAGGAUAGCGUUUCAUUUGGAGAAGUCUCAAGACAAGCAAGUGAAUCUAAGGCAGACCUUUAAACAACAAGGCGACACUGAACACAACAUACCAGCAUCUGAAGGCCACGAAUCCCCAAGUAAAAUGGCCGAAGUAGACAGUGAAGCUGAAGAGGAUAUGUUGGGACACCAUUUAGAGCAUCUGCAGAUAGAGAAUGAGAGGUCAGGACUAACCUCUGAACCAUAUUCUCAUUUCUUUAACACAACGGACCCCUCUGAGAUUGUGGGUCUGCGUCUUGCGUUAUAUGAAACCCAAACUUCACCUCUCAGUUCACCAAUGCACACACCCAUGGGUUCCCCACUGCACAUCCUGAUGCGUUCUCCGAUUGCUUCACCAAUGCGUACCCACAUAGUUUCACCAAUGCGUUCUCCCAUCAACUCAUCAGGAUCACUCUCUGAUGUAUUGUUCUUCGGCAAGAAAGCUUGAGGGCAGUACUACAGAGAAUCAUUCCCCAUACUUUCAAGACUGUACCUGCAAUGCAAAACAGUGUAUACAUUGUUUCAUUUUUGUUUGCAAGUGUCUGGAUUAUAUGUACAGUUUUCAACAAGCUUUUUUUUUUAUAUA